UGCGCGAACUGAAGGUGAGUUUCAUCAGAGACAGUAGAGAGACUGUGUAGAGGAUCUUUGGUUUCAUCAGAGAAUUUCUAAGUUUAGCGGCAGCUGUUGUGCUAACGUUGUGCUACCGUUAGCUGCGAAUGAGCUGCUGUUGUGCUAACGUUAGCCGCGACUGUGCCCGAACUGUGUAAACACCUGUACGAAGAGUAAAGGGUCACGGACGUCUGUGUCCCACAGUCAGUCACUGUGAACCACCUGGCACCAGGUUGAGGCUCUGAUGUUUCAGUAGACUGGACUCUUGACUGCCGUCUUGUCCUCUCCUACAGAAUAACUGGACCCUGCUGACGGGCAGACUGACAAACACACACCAGGAUGGCCAGUGUGAGUCAAGUGCUGUGCCGCAGAGCCAGGCUGGUCACUUAUCUCCCUGGACUUCAUGUGUUGGUGCAUCGUGUGGCUGGAGCUAGAGCCUUCACUGCUGGAUCCUCAGGCUCUGAUGAGCCCCAUGUAGCCCUCAAUCCACCUGACAUGGGACUGCGGACAGUUUGGCCUGAUGAGAGCAUGGGGCCUUUUGGGCCCCAGGACCAACGCUUCCAGCUGCCAGGUAAUGUGGGUUUUGAGUGCCACCUAGAAGGACUAGCAGAGAAGAAGAGGAGCCUGCCACAUAAGAUGGUCCCUGACGUACUGUCGGCUCCGUCCAGUAGUGAGAGACACGACUUCAUACUGGCGCAGUUCAUCGGAGACUUCUAUGAGAAUGACGACCCAGCCUCCUCUCAGAGAGUCAGUAGGGCUGAACAAUACUUUGACAGCUCCAGUGUGGAGUGUGCCGUACAACCCUGUCCUGAGCUACUACAGAGAGAUUUCCAGUCCAUGUUUCCAGAGGCUCCCUCCGCUGGUAUGAUGGUGGUGACAGUGACCCAGAAGACCCAAAAGGAUAUGACAGCAUGGUGUGCUGAGGUGGAGGAGGAGAGGGAGCAGAUGCUUGGGAAGUUUGUUGAUGGAGCCAAAGAGAUCUGCUACGCUCUGCAGAGAGACGGGUUCUGGGCUGACUUCAUCGAUCCCUCCUCAGGCCUGGCGUUCUUUGGCUCCUACACCAACAACACCCUGUUUGAGACGGACGACAGGUAUCGUCACCUUGGGUUCCAGAUCGAGGACCUGGGCUGCUGCAGAGUGAUCCGACACACUGUGUGGGGUACACACGUUUUUGUUGGGACAAUAUUCACAGACGCACCGGCCAGCAGCCUUAUCAUGAAGAAGCUGAUGAACACAACUGUGUGAGAACCUGCUCAGACAGUGGUUCAUCGUUAUCGGACUCCUCAGAGUUUGUAUCUUAUUAUCUGAUAGUGAUUUAUAUUUAUAGAUCCAGAUGUCACAGGCUGAAACAUGCUGUAAUCACAAUAAAGUGUUUCUUCACUGAAA